AUGGCGCCCGGGGACCCCCGACGCCGGGAGGUGGAUUCAGUGGCCUUUGAAGAUGUGGCUGUAAACUUUACCCUGGAAGAGUGGGCUCUGCUGGAUCCUUCACAGAAGAAACUCUACAAAGAUGUGAUGCGGGAAACCUUGAAGAACUUGGCCUCAAUAGGAAGAAAAUUGGAAGACCAUAACAUUGACAAUCCGUACAAAAAUCAGGAAAGAAAUCUAAGACAUCAUAUGGUAGAGAGACACUGUGAAAGUAAAGAAGGUAGUCAAUGUGGAGAAAACUUCAACCAUAUUUCAAAUCUUAACCUGAACAAGAAAACUUCUAAAGUAAAACAAUGGGAGUGCAGUGUGUGUGGGAAAGUCUUCAGCAGUCAUUCAUCCCUUAAUAGGCACAUGAGAUCUCACACUGCACCCAAACCAUGCAAGUAUCAGGAAUAUGGAAAGAAACCUUAUAAAUGUAAGAUAUGUGGGAAAGCCUUCAGUUAUCUUCAACCUUUUCAAAAACAUGAAAGAAAUCACAGUGUAGAGAAAUCAUAUAAAUGUAAGGAAUGUGGAAAAUCCUUUAGGUAUCGUCAAUCUGUUCACAAACAUGAACGGACUCACACGGGCGAGAAACCCUACCAAUGUAAACAAUGUGGGAAGACCUUUAGAUAUCAUCAAACCUUCCAAACUCAUGAAAGAACUCACACAGGAGAGAAACCCUAUGAAUGUAAGCAAUGUGGUAAAGCCCUCAGUUGUUCCAGUUCCUAUCGAAGUCAUGAAAGAACUCACACUGGAGAAAAACCCUAUGAAUGUAAAAAGUGUAAUAAAGCCUUCAGUUGUCCCAGUUCUCUUCGAAAACAUGAAAGAACUCAUACUGGAGAGAAACCCUAUAACUGUAAGGAAUGUGGGAAAGCCUUUAUUUCUCUUGGAAGCUUUCAAAGACACAUGAUAACACAUACUGGAGAUGGUCGUUAUAAAUGUAAGGACUGUGGGAAAGCAUUCAAUUGUCCCAGUUCAUAUCGAAUACAUGAAAGAUCUCACACUGGAGAAAAACCCUACAAAUGUAAACAAUGUGGUAGAGCCUUCAGUUGUUCCAGUUCCUUUCGAACACAUGAAAGAACUCAUACUGGAGAGAAACCCUAUCAAUGUAAGGAGUGUGGAAAAGCUUUCCAUUGGCUCACGACUUUUCAAGUCCAUGUGAGAACUCACACAGGAGAGAAACCCUACAUAUGUAAACUAUGUGGUAAAGCCCUUAGUUGUUCCACUUCCUUUCGAAGACAUGAAAGAACUCACAAUGCUGAGAAACCCUAUGAAUGUAAACAGUGUAAGAAAACCUUCAGUUCUGCUCUAGGUUUGCAAAUACAUGAAAGAACUCACACUGGAGAGAAACCCUAUAAAUGUAAGGAAUGUGGGAAAGCAUUUGUGUCACUCACAAGCUUUCGAAGACAUAUGAUGACGCACACUGGAGAUGGCCCUUAUAAAUGUAAGGACUGUGGGAAAGCAUUCAACUGCCCCAGUUCAUUUCGAAUACAUGAAAGAUCUCACACUGGAGAGAAACCUUAUGAAUGUAAAAUAUGUGGUAAAGCCUUCAGUUGUUCAAGUUAUGUUCAAGUACAUGAAAGAACUCACACUGGAGAGAAGCCCUAUGAAUGUAAAGAAUGUGGGAAAGCUUUCAUUUAUCGCACAACUUUCCGAGGUCACAUGAGAGUGCACACGGGGGAAAAACCGUAUAAGUGUGAAGAAUGUGGGAAAGCCUUUAGUCGACCCACUUCAUUUAGAAGUCAUGAAAGAAUUCACACUGGAGAGAAACUUCUUCAGUGUAAGCAUUGUGGAAAAACUUUCAAUUGGCCCACAUCUCUACAUAAACAUGUCAUGAGAAUGCACACUGGCUAA